GAGUAUAUGGAAAACAUUGGCUCGGGAACAACGUGAUACACCGACUGACAAAUCAGGAUCACUACACACUUAGAACUGAGAUGACGGACUGGGAUAAAAACAGUAGAUACGCUGAAUAUAGCACGUUUGUAGUUGAUGAUGAAGAUGAAGGUUACAAAUUACAUAUCGGGGGUUACGAGGGAGACGCCGGUGAUGGAAUGAUUAAACAUAACAAUAAAAAAUUCUCCACUCGAGAUGUUGACAAUGAUCAAGUUGUGAAGGAAUUUGGUGGAAGCUGCGCAAAGAGAUUCCACGCAGCAUGGUGGUUUUAUAAGUGCUAUCAGAGCAAUUUAAAAGGAAAUUAUUAUAAAAAUGGGAAAAUUGACGAUAAAAAAUAUGAUGGUGUAACAUGGAAACCCUGGACUGGCACAAACUAUUCACUUAAACACGUGGAGAAGAAAAUAAAGCCGAAUUUAGAGCGCAAAGUGACAUAA